AUGAAUUUGUUAAAGAAAAUUCCUACUUUUGUUGGUUUAGGCACUAUUGGCUACUAUUCUUAUGAAUGGGGCUCUAGAUAUUUUUAUCAUAGCAUAAAUGAAAACGAAUUAGAUUUUAUUAAGAGAUACGGAAACUGUUAUGGUCUAGUAAGCGGAGGCUCAUAAGGAUUAGGAAAGGAAUAUGCAAAUGAAUUAGCCAAAAGAGGUAUCAAUCUUGUAUUAGUUGCCAGAGGUUAAGAAUCUCUCGAAAAAGCAAAAUAAGAGAUCAAAGAAAAGCAUCCUUAAAUUGAUGUUAAAACCAUUUCUUUUGAUUUUUCCACAUCAAAUCCUUCUGAUUACUAAAAACUUGCAUCUCAAUUGAAAGAUUUAGAUAUUGGAAUAUUGGUUAAUAAUGUUGGUGUCUUUUAGCAUGGCCCUUUACAUGAAGCUAAUUCUAAAGAUUUAAAAAAUUUAUUAGUAGUUAACACUUACCCUGUAACAUAUUUAACAUAAACUUUCCUUCCAUCUUUAUAAAAAAGAAAUAAAAAGUCAUUAGUAAUUAAUGUUGCAAGUGAAGCAGGAGAAUUUGUGCAUAAAGAAUUCCCUGUUUACAGUGCUAGUAAAAGUUAUGACAUAUAGUUAUCUAAGUGCCUUCAAUAGUUUUACAAAGGUAGCAACAUUGAUGUUUCUCUUUUCCUUCCUGGACCAACUUACACUCCACUUGUUUAGAAAAUAGAUACUGAUUUUAAUAAAACACCUUAUGGUAAAGCAUAUUGUGCAGAUCCUUCCCAAGCUGCAAAGGACAGUUUUAGAAAAAUAGGAUAUUAAAGUUCUAUCUUCGGUGAUUAGAAGCAUGAAUAUUUUCAUUUUAUGCAUAGAUAUUUUAGAUCUCUCUCUGAAUACAUUUAUCCCUAAACAAAGUGA